AUGUCUUCCCAAGUAUGUCAAAACUAUCACAAGGAUUGUGAGAAUGCUGUUAAUAAGCAGAUCAACCUGGAGCUCUAUUCCUCCUAUGUUUACCUCUCCAUGUCCUUGUACUUUAACUGGGAUGAUGUUGUCCUGCAUCACUUUGCUGAGUUCUUCCAGGAGCAGUCACAUGAGGAACGGGAACAUGCUGAGAAACUGAUGAAAUUCCAGAAUAAAUGUGGAGGCCGGAUCAUCCUGGAGGAUGUCAAGAAGCCAGAGCAGGAUGAGUGGAGCCAUGGUCUGAAGGCAAUGCAGAGAGCUCUGCAGAUGGAGAAGAAUGUGAACCAGAGUCUGCUGGAUCUGCACAAGCUCUCCUAUAGGAACACUGACCCUCAUGUAAGCUUUGACUUCCUGGAGAUUCACUACUUGGAUGAGCAAGUGAAGAUGAUCAAGAAGCUUGGAGAUCACAUCACCAACCUGCAGAGACUGGGAGCCCCAGAGAAUGGCAUGGGAGAGUACCUGUUUGACAAGCUCACUCUGCAUUGA